CUAGGUGGCGACGCCUUCACUGCGGGUGCGGCGGCGGUGUAUCAAGCGCCGUUCUACCCAUUCCCUACCCGACUCGCGCCCCAUGCUGCCUCUGCCUACAUCGCUACCCAAACCGGCUGCUUGCUUCUGCUCCUCGCCCACGGCCUCCCCCCCAGGGUGGCUCCAUGCAGCUGGCACGCUGCGUUUCAAAUGCCGCAAACUGAUGCGAGCCAUGUGCGAUUGACAAACCCGCCCUCCGCCUCCCACACCCCCUAA